AAGGAUCAAGGCUCACAAGACCCGAAAUGCGGCGAAGCGGCAGUGGAUCUGACCAAAUUAAAGAAUCCGUGGAGGGUGCCCGCACAAUCGUUAACCGAGGCUACCACGUGUGACUACACACUUACGGGCACAGCGGAGAAGAAAUAUCAACUGCAAAUUACCGAACUCAAAGUCGGAACAAGUGACAAAUGCACCGAGGAUUUUGUUCAAAUUAGCUUUAACGGCCAGUUCGACGGUGAAACUUACAAGAUAUGCGGCACAAAAGCUCCGGAACAGCCACUAGUAUCGACAUCGAACGAGAUCAAGGUGAAGUUCGCAUCUUCAUCAACCAAUGCAGCCACAAACGCACUAACGGCCACAAUAACGGAAGAGGAUGGGUUCAUUUCUAGCCGUGUGUCAGCCGACCCGUUUCUAUCCGCGAUGACAACAUGCAUUCCCGAAAUACUGCACACGAUCAAUUAG